AUGGCCACCCGUGUGCUCACAGACGGCGAACAAAACCCGGAGUCCGAGAAUGAGAGUGACAUAUCUGACCAAGUGGACGCAAAGAAAAACAAACCAGCCUUCAGACUCAUUCGCAAGAGGAUUAUAGAAGUAGCGCAGAAGCUAGACGUUGUAGAUGUUGAACCUGGUCGACUGGAUGAUCAACUCAAAGGCAGACACAAAAUUUAUCGUGAUAUGGUCGACACAAUCAAAUGCAAGACCGAGCUCGAUUUGACAGAGACAAUCUACGAGAAAUUACUCCUCAGCGCAAUCGAUAAAUGCUUGGAUCAUACGAAAAUGGAGGCUCAACAUCGAGCCAAAGACGGUCAAGACACCAACCCCGCGCUACCUGUUCGCUCCAAAACAACGGGUAAAGGCAAACAGCGGCAAUGGUCAGACGAUGAGACUCUUGUUACGUCGUCUAGUCGCUGGAACUCCCUGCACGCCAACAGGUCCUCUACGAUGCAACCCUCACAUGAGUCACCGUUGGACGAUACGCGAUCUACGCCCAUCCCUGAAAAAGGCCUUCAAACACGACCACCUCUAGACAUGCAUUAG